GUCUACGGGUAUUUAUAAAUAUUAAAUCAAAGCUGAUCAAAAAAGCUCCUGUCGAGCAUGCCGUACGAGCAGGAAAGUGGUUUGUCUCACGUAUUCGUGUUGACGUCUCUCCUCAGCUGCAGUGACCGGCGGCAGGCGAGUUCACGGACAGAAGAUCACGUGGUGGAGGGCCAAAAGGGGCUGGCCUUCCUCCAGGACGUCCAGCUGGUGGAUGGCGAGCUUGUGGUGCCACGUCCCGGCCUCUAUUACGUCUACGCCCAGACGUACUUCAGACACACCAACUCCUUGGAGGUCGACUCUUUGGAGGAGGAUGAAACGGUGGGGAACACGGGAAGACCUCUGCUGCAGUACACUAGGUCCCCAACUUACGAACACAAUUGGUUCCAGACGACCGUUCGCAAGUCGAACAAAAGGUGAGCACCUACCCUCUUCCCAUCCUGCUGAUGAAGACGAGCUGCACCUCCUGCUGUUCCCGGGAAUCCCAAUUCUCACUGCACUCAGCCCACCAGAGGGACCUUUUCCUGCUCAGCCCCGGGGACCGCCUCUUUGUCAGUGACCAACACCUCUGCUGUGGACAUGGAUGAGAAAAGCAGCUUCUUCGGGGCGUUUCUAUCAGCUAAGACACCCAAGGACCACAGAGGGGGCGCUGUCGGGCUUUUAACGGAACCUGUAAAGUCAACACUUGGCGAAUGCUGACGCACGGGGACGCAAUGGCACAGGUAUGAUUGGUGCAACACUCCUGCACUACCCAGCGCAGCCACUAGUGGGCUCCCAUCCACAGCAACAAACGCUACACCUUAUGAAGCAGCGUUCAAAGGUGACAAGCUUUAACUAAAGUUAGAUUUUGCUAUUUGACAAUCACUAACGUACUUUUUGUAAAUCCUACAAUAUUUCUCAGGCACUUAAACAGUCCAUUAAUCUAUGUAAAGAUUCUAACUUUUUGGUCAUCUAUUGUCCAUCAGAAACUGGGUGUAAAUAUGAACGUCCUUAGCGAAAUAGCCCAACUCGAAAUGUGGGUGGGGACACAAUGUUAUAACUGUUCAAUUUUAUAACUGGAGCUAAGUGGUCCCGACAGCCAAACAUCCCACGAUCAUGAAUGCAGCAUUGUUUUUAAAUGGUUUAGAUCAAUCAAUUUUGAUAAUUACAUUUUAAUGUAUAAAACAUGGCUACGAAGUUGUAAAUCACAUGUGAAUGUAAAUAGGUUUUAUCUGUAAAUGUGUGAAAUAAAUGUAUGUACAAAUUACUGUGAAAUACUUUUUGUGUCAAGUAACAGUUCUUAAUUUACUAGGGCAUCUCAAAGUAAUUCUUCAUUUCUACUCUCGACUCACUACCCAAAGUGAAAUCUUUAAAGAAUGUAGUUCUUAAUAAUAU